UUCCUCUUGCACCCAAAGAUCUCCAGCAAGAAAGGCCACCAUGUCCCCUCCAGUGAAGCUCUUCUUCUUGGCCUUCCUUGCUCUUCUGGCAGAAGUUCAUGGCCAACUACAAAUUGGGUUCUACAACCAGAGCUGCCCAACCGCGGAGUCGCUGGUGCAGCAGGCCGUUGCUGCUGCUUUUGCCAACAAUUCAGGCAUUGCCCCUGGUCUCAUUCGCAUGCACUUCCAUGACUGCUUUGUGAGGGGCUGUGAUGCUUCCGUCCUCCUAAACUCAACUGCGAAUAACACAGCCGAAAGGGAUGCAGCCCCGAACAACCCCAGCCUCCGCGGCUUCGAAGUCAUCGACGCCGCCAAGUCCGCCGUGGAGGCGGCGUGCCCGCAGACCGUCUCCUGCGCCGACAUCCUCGCCUUCGCGGCCCGCGACAGCGCCAACCUCACCGGCAACAUCACCUACCAGGUCCCCUCCGGCCGCCGCGACGGCACGGUCUCCCUCGCCAGCGAGGCGCUCGCCAACAUCCCGGCGCCGACCUUCAACGCCACGCAGCUAAUCAACAGCUUCGCCAACAAGAGCCUCACCGCCGACGAGAUGGUCACCCUCAGCGGGGCCCACAGCAUCGGCAUAUCCCACUGCGCCUCCUUCCUCAACCGGAUCUACAACUUCAGCAACACCAGCGAUGUGGACCCCACGCUGAGUUCGGCGUACGCGGAUCUCCUCAAGGCCAAAUGCCCCGCCAACAGCACCCGGUUCACGCCGAUCACGGCGUCGCUGGAUAUCAUCACCCCCGCGGUUUUAGACAACAUGUACUACACCGGGGUGCAGCUCACCCUGGGCCUCCUGACCUCGGACCAGGCCUUGGUGACCCAGGCCAAUCUGAGCGCCGCGGUGAACAAUAACGCGAAUAACCUGACGGCGUGGGCUUCCAAGUUCGCGCUGGCGAUGGUGAAGAUGGGGCAGAUCCAGGUGUUGACCGGGACCCAGGGGGAGAUAAGAACGAAUUGCAGCGUGGUGAAUAGCGGGGGUCUCGGAUACGUUGGGAUGGGAUCUGGUCACCCCUCGGAGGUGGCGACUAGUUGAUGCGAUUCCCCGCCCUCGGACGUGUGUUGCUUGCGUUUGCAAUGGGUUUCGGAUGCUGCGUGUUGUGUGCGUGGAUAUGAAUAAAUAAAAGACGUGUUCUGCUUGCUAUUUAAAGACAAGUAAGAAAAAUCUAAUAUCUUUGCGA